AUGGGUAUGGGUACCCUAGGCCGUGGAACAAUGGCUGGCACUCUAGGCGGCACUAUAGGUGGUCCUAUGAGUGGCACUAUGGCUGGCACGCUAGGUGGUACUAUAGGAGGUCCCAUGGGUGGCACUAUAGGUGGUCCAUUGUGUGGCCCUAUGGGUGGCACUAUGGGUGGCGUGGCCACAAUGACUGGACCAGGUGUGAUGAUGGAAGCUCCCCAAACGAAUACGUCUCAUCUGGUCCACAUAACCUUGACCCCCGAAAAUAUAAUGAAGGAGAGGAGUCCGACCCCGGGCCCCAGAGGCAACGAAGGUGUCAGUGUGUUAUGA